ACUUUUCGCUACCGAAUUAUUUGAAGCUACAUCCAUUGUCAUCAUCAUCUUAUAGAAGUACAUAUCUAAACCGUUGACCUCAUCUAUCAUUCAUAUCGUUCAUAUAUACAUGCACAUUUAUACCGUCACAUACCCGUUUCCUCUCUUCACAUCUAUACCGCUUCAUAAAGAAUUUAAGAUACGCAAAUAUUGAGAAAGAUCGAUUAAUUAAGGGCUAGGCUGUCAUUGACGACGGCCAAAUAAAAAUUAUAUAUUAAUCAUGAAUACUACAGCAUAUGCUUCACCACCUCGCGAUAUGCAUCCUCGAUCAACCAUGCCAAGUCUUCACGAUACAACAUAUCGACCUGGUCCACCUCAUCAGGGAGCUCCAUACUCCAUGCCACAAACAAUGGCAUCUCAACAUUCAACCAUUUCGGCCUACGAACAAUACAACAAUUCUCUGCCUGUUUCUCGUCCUCCUCCUCCUCCAGAACAUUUGCCAUCCUCAGAGGCUGUGUCGUCAUUUUCUAUUGGGCUUCCAGGUCAAGAACCGUCCCCUCGGUCUAUUACUGUAGAUGGGAGAAAAUAUACUUUGGAAGUUCAACAACAACCAAAACGAGCUCGAAUGUGUGGAUUUGGAGACAAGGAUCGUCGGCCUAUCACUCCUCCUCCAUGCGUCAAACUAAGUAUAACAGAGAUUGCCACUGGGAAAGAGGUGGACGUCAACAACAUCGAACAUGUAAUGUUUGUGCUUAACGUAGACUUAUGGUCAGCGGAUGGCGAUCGACCAGUCAAUCUUGUCCGCCACUCGCAAACUUCUCCAUCGAUCUCAGCCACAGUUCCAGUAUCUUAUACACAAAUACAAGGAGGUGCAGCUGCAUACUCGAGCCUACUUCCCGGACAAAGUCAACGAGAGCCCACCAGCCCAACAUAUGGUAGUGCGCCACCUUACCAGGGAGCUGGUUUCAGUCCGUUUCCAGGCCCUCCACAAGUGAGCGCAUACUCACAGCAACAACCCGGACAACAGUCGGGUUACGGUGGAAAUCCUAACUACCCACCUCCAAAUGGAUACCAAGUACAACCUCAACAGUCAAACUAUUAUUAUCCCCAACCAUCUCAAUCCGUCCCAAGCCACAAUAAUCAAGAUCCUUACCCCUCUCGUCCUUUCACCCCACAAGAUAUCGGAUUAGGUCGCAUACCCAUAAGCCAGACAAAUCCCCCACAAGGAAUGUUCACACGAAAUCUCAUUGGCAGUUUGUCGGCUUCUGCAUUUCGUCUUACAGACCCGGAUGACCGAAUCGGGAUCUGGUUUGUGCUUCAAGACCUUUCCGUCCGAACCGAAGGUGAUUUCCGCCUUCGAUUUUCAUUCGUCAAUGUUGGUGUUCCUUCAGCACCACAAAAUAACGCCAACUCAUCGUGUUCCGUCAAUACUGGAAAAGCCCCUGUUCUUGCCUCAUGUUUCUCGGAGGUGUUUAAAGUUUAUUCCGCAAAGAAAUUCCCUGGUGUGGUAGAAAGUACAGCAUUAAGUAAAUGCUUUGCUACACAAGGUAUCAAAAUCCCAAUCCGAAAGGAUGGAAAGGAUGGACCAGGAAAGGGAGGAAAAGACGGUAGCCGAGGCGAUGACGACGAUGACUAUUAGAAGUCAACCUCCGUCUGGUCUUACGCCUUCUCGACAUAAUAUUUCCUCAAAAACUACGCGCAUAUACCACAUCAUUUCCUGAAGCCAAUUGAAGCACCGUGCACUAUUUAUUCCCAGACUUUUACUAUUAUUACAGCUCCGUUUGUUCAAAUUCAGGUUUCCCAGCGCGUGUUUGUUCUUGAUCUGAUUUCUAGAACAUGAGCCGACAUCGGAAGAGAAAGAAGGAUAAAAAGAAAUCACUAUCAGGCGUUACGUUUUAUGGCAGACAUACAUAUCCGUUUUCCGUAUUGUGUUGUGUUUUUCUGCUUGAAAAGACUUGAAUUGGCUUGGAUACAGGGACGGAGUACGGCGUGGCGAUAUAGGCAUGGGUUUUGUUUGCAUGUUGGUCGAUUUAUAGCUGGAAACCAAUUUGUCCAAGCUCCGGAGAGAAGUGAAGGAGUUGGUAUACCUACGGCUCAGUUGGUAAAUCUUGAUGUAUAGAACAGCCAUUGUGGUGUAUUACAUAUUCACUUCGUACAAUUCCAGACGUAUCUAUGCAUACCUACCUAGGUACUCAUGCCAUUGACAAUUACCUCCGAAGUCUUUAAGUUCUGAAAGGUCAUGAUAAUAGAUUGAAUAGUUUUUCGUGGCUAUCCUCUACCCUGAUCAGGGCGACGUGACAGUGUGGUAAUAGCUAUUUGUUAAGUUUCUCCCAUCUUCCUUUGAGCUAGCGAUACGGGGGGUAAGGAGGGAGAGGGGGAGAAAUCGAUCUGUUGACUAAGUAGAUAUCAUCAGGUAUCCAUGGCUUAAACAAGUUUCAUGCUGAACCCUCGAAGGAGCAUCCACACAAAUCAACGCGUAUAUAAAGCAUGGGCAAUAAUAAAGUGCAGGGGAUAAUGGAAGCUAACGCGAUGCCCAAUCCCCAGACGGGGAACGUUAAUUCUUUCAGAUAGGUGUCGGGGAUUGUUCACAAAUCGAGGAGCUCAUAGUCGGUGAGU